AUGGACCGUUCAGGUUCACCUUCACACCCCCCAGACUACGGUCGACGUCUCUACGGCGACGAUGACCACGACGACACUCCCCUUGGCCAAGGAAGCACCGCUGCCGCUGUGAGACUGCUAACAUCUAUGGAGGAGCCGAUGUCAGAGGGCCGUCCGUACGUAUUGCCAGAUAUCCUUCGUCCAUCUCCUUUGUGUUUGCCAGCUACGAAGAUCACGGCGCCGCCGCCUGCGACUUCGACCCCAGAGCACAUCUCGUCGCUUAAGAAGCAGGAGGAAGGCAAAAGCCCGUCCAAGAAGCAUAUUUCUCCUACAGUCCACUUCGUGCCCGAGGUAUCCGACGCGGGAACAACACCGCGGCGUGGGCCAGUCGCAAGCAAAGACGACCUGGGCCAGCUGCCAUCAAGAGCCCCCACUGUCAAGCUUCAGAAGAAGAACAAGCCGGCGCAUGUCACGCAGGCCGAGAUUGCGUCGACAUUGCCGGCCAUCCCAGAGGGGCUCUCCCCUCGAAGGAAGUCGCUGAGGAAGUCCCACAGCGAGCCCCCAGCUAGUCCUCAAAAUUCACCAGCAGCAGGCACCAGAAGCUCACCAAGACAUGAAUAUAGUAGCCACCACACCCGCCACUCAUACCAGCCAUCAGUCUUUUCUACGCAUUCUCACCGGGACUCCAUCCUCGACCCGCCCAGCAUGCCGCCACCAGACUCGACGUACAUCCCAUUCCGACCAUUCGAUGAGGACUCACCACCACGGGCGUGGAGCCCGUCGCGCACAUCUGACUAUGAGAGGAUGCCUCCAGCCCCUGCCCAAUAUGAGCCGGCGGAUCUGAACGGUAGUCCACGGCCAGGGACCCCGUCUUCAAGAUAUGGUGGAAGCCCCAGACGGCCUCUACCUCCGGCACCACUCUUCUCCGGCGGCAGUGCCCGACCUUCGUCUUUCGCCGACGACGCCACCGUCUCCAUCCCACUGGAGCACGAUGAUGACGAUGUCUUCGGCCCUGAGUCCUCUGACAUGGGCGACAAAAUGAGACGCGAGUCCUACUUGUCCCGUCAGGACACUUUGAGCGAUGAGCUGGAGACCCCUUUUGACGACAAGGUCGAUCACUAUGGCCCUGCGCCACAGGGCCGACAGCAGCGACGAGGCGUGCGUGACCCGCAAAUGACCCGGAAGGAGGUCCAACUUAUCAAUGGCGAAUUGGUGCUGGAAUGCAAAAUCCCAACGAUUCUGUACAGUUUCUUGCCUCGUCGGGACGAGAUCGAAUUCACGCAUAUGCGAUACACAGCCGUAACCUGCGACCCCGACGACUUCCUAUCGAGAGGUUACAAGCUGCGCCAAAACAUCGGGAGAACCCUUCGUGAGACGGAACUCUUCAUCUGCGUAACCAUGUACAACGAGGACGAGAUCGGGUUCACGAGAACGAUGCACGCCGUCAUGAAGAACAUCAGCCACUUCUGCAGUCGCAGCAAGUCGAGGACAUGGGGAGAGAAUGGCUGGCAGAAGAUUGUCGUGGCCAUCGUCUCGGAUGGUCGUGAGAAGAUCCACCCCCGAACACUGGAUGCCUUGGCCGCCAUGGGCGUUUACCAGCACGGAAUCGCGAAGAACUUCGUCAACCAAAAGGCCGUGCAAGCACACGUGUACGAGUACACGACCCAGGUCUCACUCGACUCCGACCUGAAGUUCAAGGGGGCCGAGAAGGGCAUUGUCCCAUGCCAGAUGAUCUUCUGCCUCAAGGAAAAGAACGCGAAGAAGCUGAACUCGCACCGUUGGUGCUUCAACGCUUUUGGAAAAGCAUUGAACCCAAACGUAUGCAUCCUUCUCGAUGUCGGAACAAAGCCCGGUGGCAAUUCGCUAUACCAUCUCUGGAAGGCGUUCGAUACCGACUCCAACGUUGCUGGUGCUUGUGGUGAGAUCAAGGCUAUGAAAGGAAAGUUCUGUCUAUCCCCAGACACGAUGGUUCGCACCACUCAGGGGCCCAAGGCCAUCCGAGACGUCGUUGUGGGCAAUUUGCUGUUCGACCACCAGGACAACCCCGUGCAAUGCCUGGCUGCUGAGGCUAUUCAGGCCUCGUCAGACAUGAAGAAAGUCACAUACACGGAGUACAACUCCUUGAACAAGACGUCCUUCAUUUGUACACCGAACCAUAUCAUGACGCUGGUGGCUCAUGGGGUGAGCCCCUCCGUCCAUACUGGAGGUAUCGGUGUUAUGUGGUGGACGCGUUGUGACAGGACAGAGCUUAAUCAGGAGGAGCAGACGCUUAAGUGGGAUUCGGUGAUGCAUGGCUUGUAUACCGAAGUGUCUGAGAAGUUUGGACGCCGUCCAACUGAUGGCGAGGUCCGCCAGUACCUCAGAAACAUUACCUGCAAGAGUGUCAUUCCGGAUUCCGAGGCGGAGGGUCAGGAGGAUGACGACGACAUAUCCCCUGGUCUUACCAAACUGUUGAAGCAACUCAAGGACAUGGGCAUGGACAGGACGGACCUAGAUAUGUCUUUGAUCCGCAUGCUUAUACAGGACAAGAUGGAGGAGUAUCUUGAGGGCAUCAUGCCUGAGCCCGAGGAGGUUCCCGACAACGAUGAAGACGACACCAUCAUCGACCUCGAGCCCAAGCACAAGAGAAAGUUUGCGUCCAUCACCCUUGCGUCGUCCAGGCGUCCCUCGGAUAAGACAUACCGCCAGACUCCUGAGCUUCCAUCCUCGUCUCCCGUUAAGGAGUCCCAAGAUACGGGCGUCGCAGAAUCCCAGGGCUCCUCCUAUGUAUCUGCCGUCGUCGACCCAGACAACGUGGACAAGUUCGCCGUCGUCCGUGAUCAGCUCUCCAAGCCCCAUGGCAACCAGAAGUGCAAGAAUGUGGCCUGUAAAGGGCUUCGUCAGGUCAGUAUCAAGUUCGCGAGCCAGUCGCAAGCCACGCUGGCUUUUGAGCUGCUCUCCGGGGAUAAUUAUCGUGUUGUCGACCCCUGUGCCGUCAAGGAUAUGGAACUAUUCACAAUGACGAUGGACGAGUAUCUGGCCAGUUGCGAGCCCACAAAGCCACAGAAACAGAGGAAGCUGAGGCUAUAUCGGUCCCCUCUAAAGUUCGUGCCGUACCAGGGAGAAGUGUCCGCUGUUCCCGUCGACCCUUACUGGUUCGGCCUCUGGCUUGGUGAUGGGAAAAAGAAGAGUCCCGAGAUCGUCAGCACGGAUCAGGAGCACAAGGUUUAUAUGCAGACCUAUGUCGACCGCCUCAACAGUAACAGGCCUGAUGGAGCUGAGCCUGUGCGAGUUGUCGAGGAGCAGGUGGCCGCAUCGGGUGACGUCCGAACUAUGAAGAGCGGUGAAGACAUCACAUGUACGAUGGAUUGCUUCAUCUUGAGGAUCUCAUGCGUCACUUCCGCCAAGAACAAGACCUGGAAUCCUGUUCGCGCGGGCUUGAAAGAGCUGGGCGUGUUCGGAGACAAGAGCGGUGGCAUCCCUGACUGCUACAUGCACGCCGACGAGGACACCCGGCUGGCUGUUAUCGCAGGCCUCAUAGAAUCCAACGGAUGGCUGGACAGCAGGACAAAAUGCUACGGCUUUGAGCAGACCACUUACGAGCACAAGAAGACAGUGUUCGACCUUCGCGCUCUGGCCGUCUCAUGCGGGAUUCAAUGGGUGGAGAAAUUCCAGCAUCACCUCCUCCUCCCCCGAAAGCGGCUGAAUCUAUCCUCGAUCACACGGGAUAACCGCGAUGUUCGCACUUUCGACGUCGAGGACGCCGGUCAUGGCGAAUUUCGCACCAUCGAGGUCUCAGGAGAACUCUACCAGCUGGCAGAUCGCACCGUGGUUCAUAACUGCUCCAACCUCUUGAACCCACUCGUGGCCUCGCAGAACUUCGAAUACAAGAUGUCCAAUAUCUUGGACAAGCCUCUGGAGAGUGUUUUUGGCUACAUCACGGUGUUGCCUGGCGCUCUCAGUGCGUAUCGAUACCAUGCGCUGCAGAACGAUGAGACUGGCCACGGGCCUCUGAGCCAAUAUUUCAAGGGAGAAGUCCUGCACGGUCAGCACGCCGAUGUCUUCACUGCCAACAUGUAUUUGGCUGAGGAUCGUAUUCUGUGCUGGGAGUUGGUGGCGAAGCGCGGCGAGAGAUGGGUCUUGAAAUACGUCAAGAACUGCACUGGUGAAACCGAUGUACCUGAUACCUUACCGGAGUUCAUCUCCCAGCGCCGAAGAUGGUUGAACGGCGCUUUUUUCGCAGCGGUGUACUCCCUCAUCCACUUCAAGCAGCUUCUGGCGACAGAUCACACGGUUCCGCGCAAGGCACUACUGCUCAUCGAGUCGUUUUAUCAGUUCAUCCAGCUCAUCUUCACAUACUUCUCGCUCGCCAACUUCUACCUGACAUUCUAUUUCGUCGCAGGCGGUAUCGGCGACGAGAAGGUUGACCCAUUCCCACACAACCUCGGGAAGUACAUCUUCGCCAUUCUGCGCUACGCGUGCGUCCUCCUCAUUGCCGCUCAGUUCAUCCUCUCGCUUGGCAACCGGCCGCAGGGCGCCAAGAAGCUGUACCUGGCCUCCGUCAUCAUCUUCAGCAUCAUCAUGGUCUACACGCUGUUCGCCUCCAUCUACAUCGUCGUGUAUCAGAUCACAAAGGGCAGCGGGUUUGAUAUGCAUAGCACCAUCAUGACCAACAUGAUCCUUUCGGUCCUGUCGACGAUCGGCCUCUACUUCGUCAUGUCCUUCAUCUACCUCGAGCCGUGGCACAUGUUCACCUCGUUCAUACAGUACUUCGUCCUGCUGCCGUCAUACAUCUGCACGCUACAGGUAUACGCGUUCUGCAACACACACGACGUGACGUGGGGCACCAAGGGCGACAACGUGAUGAAGACGGACCUGGGCGGGGCCAUCGGCAAGGGCUCGACGGUCGAGCUGGAGAUGCCGUCGGAGCAGCUGGACAUCGACUCCGGGUACGACGAGGCGCUGCGGAACCUGCGCGACCGCAUCGAGGUGCCCGAGUCCGCGACGAGCGAGUCGCAGAUGCAGGAGGACUACUACAAGUCGGUGCGGACGUACAUGGUCAGCUCCUGGAUGAUCGCCAACGCUGUGCUCGCCAUGGCGGUCAGCGAGGCCUACGGCCAGAAGCAGGUCGGCGAGAACUGGUACCUCGCCUUCCUCCUGUGGAGUGUCGCGGCGCUGGCGGCGUUCCGUGCCCUGGGUUCCGGCACUUUCGCGUUCAUCAACCUGGUCAAUACCAUUGUCGAGGGUCGCGUGAAAAUGUCCCUCAAAGUCCCGAAGUGGCUCGGCGGUGUGGGCAGCAAGAUUUCGGACACACUGAGCAGCGUUGGGAGCAGUGUGAGGAGGUAA